AAGUGUUGCUCAAACCCUAAAUACAUCUUAUUCACUAUUAUUUCUCUCAUCCGUUUCAGUAUUGCUAUCUAAUGAAACCCUUGAAUUUCACGGUGUGGGACACUCCCAACUAUGGACUGGAGAUGAAACUGCAUGACAAAAACAAUUCGUUGUCAUCGGUGACAACGGUGCGCAAAGAAGUCCCCAUACCGCUGUGGCAUCUGGUGCUCGUCCAACAUCCGAGCAGGCGACGAGCCAAUCGGCUUGAACAACCGCGCACUCUGUACAAUUCAUCGGUGAAGACCUGCGAAUUCUGGAAGUACAUACGACGUGUGAAUGCCUGGAAUAAUGCGGCGAAGCUGAUGCUCUCCGGCGCGGGGAGCAACAUGAGUUUGGCCUGUCCGCUGAAGACGGGCGUGUACACAAUGAAUGUGAUUCAGAUACCGCCCGAUACGGCGAUAUUGAAGUUCAUGUAUCAACCGAACACCAUCUAUUCCAUACGUGGCACUGUCCAUUCCCUCAAUCCCAAGGACGGCGUCAGUCGUCAUCCCAUCUGUCAUUACGAGGUGAACGCAACCAUUUACAAGACGUGUUGAGCUGACGUGACGUGCCCGAGCGUGUGAUUUGCUAUUGAAAUACCCUAGCUUUCUCCCAUUCUCCCACUUGUUGUACAUAAUAUAGUUUACUGCUUUCAUACAUAAUUUGUACUUUAAGCAAUGAUUCAUUUGCCAGAGUAUU